AUGAUGCAGCCAAGCUCUGCACUUCUGCUCGUCGCAUCGCUUUUGGCGGCUUCGUCCGUCAACGCAGAUGGGCUGUACACUAAGAAGUCUCCUGUGCUGCAGGUUACUCAGAAGACCUAUGACCAGCUGAUUGCUAACUCUAAUUACACAUCGAGUAAGCUCCCCACCCUCGCGAUUAGUCUCAUCGAAAAGCUUCUAAAACGUAUGCGCACUAGAUUCUAUGCUCCUUGGUGUGGCCAUUGUCAGAACCUCAAGCCUGCAUACGAAAAGGCAGCCAAGAACCUGGAGGGACUGGCCAAGGUCGCAGCUGUGAACUGCGAUGACGAUGCCAACAAGCCCUUGUGUGGUCGGAUGGGCGUACAAGGUUUCCCAACUCUGAAAAUUAUCACACCUUCUAAGAAACCCGGCAAGCCAAAAGUAGAGGAUUAUCAGGGAGCAAGAAGCGCUAAGGCCAUCGUCGAUGCUGUUGUGGACAGAAUCCCCAAUCAUGUGAAGAAGGUCACGGACAAGGAUCUGGAUCAGUGGCUCUCCGAGGACAAGGAGGCUCCCAAGGCUAUUCUGUUCACCGAGAAAGGUACCACGAGUGCUCUCCUCAGAGCCGUCGCCAUUGAGUUCCUCGGUUCCGUCAAGGUUGGCCAGAUUCGCAACAAGGAAUCGAACGCCGUGGAGAAAUUUGGUGUCAAGGAAUUCCCUACCCUCGUCCUGGUCCCUGGUGGUGAUAAGGAACCCAUCGUCUACGAUGGCGAACUCAAGAAACAAGCCAUCGUCGAGUUCCUCAGCCAAGUCGCGGCUCCAAACCCGGACCCGGCCCCCGCCUCAACAGAUGCCAAAUCCUCGAAGUCCACCAAGUCCGCCAAGUCCGCCAAAUCUACCACUAUCAUCAACGAAGACGCAGAGAACUUGAAACCUACCGAAUCCCCCGACCCCAAGAUCGUCCCCGACGACGCUACAGAGUCAAAGCCCGCCCAGGUCCCGAUCCAGGCACCACCCAUCCCCGUACUCCCUACCGCAGAGGCACUCGAGGCCGCCUGCCUAAAGCCUACAUCUGGUACCUGCGUCCUAGCGCUCCUCCCCGAGCCUCGCGAAGCGGAUGCAGAAGUCCCCAGUCCCGCAAAAGAGGCGCUGGCCAGUCUAUCGGAGGUCGCGCACAAGCACGCCCUGCGCAAGGGCAAGCUUUUCCCGUUCUACAGUAUCCCCGCUAUCAACAGCGGGGCCAAGACUCUGCGGGCUGGGCUGGGAUUGUCCGAGGACCAGACCUCGGUCGAGAUCAUUGCCCUGAAUGGCCGCAGGGGUUGGUGGAGGCGCUACGACGCGUCGGAGAGGCAGGAUUAUGGCGCCGUGUCUGUGGAGGCGUGGAUUGAUGCCAUAAGACUGGGUGAGGGGUCGAAGAGCAAGUUGCCCGAUGGUGUUAUUGUCGAGCAGAAGGAGGAGGCUGAUAAAGAGACGGGUGACCAUGACGAGUUGUAA